AUGCCGCGCGAACUCGUCAUUGAGAAGAUUCCUGGCAAGCCGGGCCAGGUAUACUACCCGCUCAAGGUCAAGCAAGUCCCGAUCCCCAAGCCCGGACCUGGCGAGGUGUUGGUUCAGUUCAAGGCCGCCGCCCUCAACCACCGCGACCUCUUCAUCCGGCAACACCUUUACCCCGGUCUUGCAUUCAACACAGCCCUCCUCGGCGACGGCUACGGAACCGUUCUCGAACAAGGUCCGAACUGUCAGCGUGGGCUGGUUGGAGCCAAUGUCAUCGCCGCCCCAAUGCGGGGAUGGGAGGACGACCCACAAGGCCCCCCUCCCACCGACAACUUUCACGUUGCUGGCGGCACCGAGCACUCGGACUCGGGCUGUGCUCGCGACUACGCCGUCUUCCCUGAAUCCGAAGUUGAGCGCUCCCCAGCCCACCUGAAUGCCAUUGAGGCCGCUGCCCUCCCCCUCGCUGGCCUGACUGCUUGGCGCGCAUUCGUGACUAAAUCAGGAGCGGCCGACAAGGGCAAGAACAUUCUCAUUACGGGUAUUGGUGGUGGUGUCGCCCUUCAUGUCCUCCAGUUCGCCGUAGCUAUGGGCGUUAACGCCUACGUCUCGUCGGGAAGCGACGAGAAGAUUGCUCGCGCAAUCACGCUCGGCGCAAAGGGCGGUAUUAAUUACAAAAAGGACGGAUGGGAGAAAGAGCUCAAGAAGAUGCUCCCCGCCAACAGACCUUAUCUCGAUGCGGUCAUCGAUGGCGCUGGUGGACCAAUCGUUCAAAAGGCUGUGAGGCUGCUACGUACCGGCGGCGUCAUCUCGCAGUAUGGCAUGACUGUCGGUCCAAAGAUGGAUUGGCUCAUGACUGCCGUCCUCGCCAACGUCGAGCUCAAGGGCUCGACUAUGGGGUCGCACAAGGAGUUCCGCGACAUGCUUGCGUUUGUGGAGCAGCACAAGAUCACCCCCAUUAUCAGUAAGAGCAUCAACGGGCUCGAUAACAUGGCCGGCCUUGAGGAGCUGUUUUCCGACAUGCGUGACGGAAAGAACUUUGGCAAGCUCGUCGUAGAGAUUGACUCGCCCCGCGCCGGCUCGCCGUCCAAGCUCUGUGAGUAG